AUGUGCAAGCGACCGGAUUUCCCGGCGGACAUCACGGGCGACGACUCCAUCAGCCUCGAUUUUCCCGCGCAACCACAGUCCGGCUGGCCCCCAGGCGCGCAUGGCGCUGCCGCCGCCGCGCACCUUGCCGCAUCGCAAUUCUCCAUGCCGCCCUUCACCCUGCACUAUCCCACCGCCUCCCCUGCAGCCGCCUCUCACGCUGCCGCCGGAGCCGCGUCGCAGCAUCUAGACUGGCUGGCGUGUGGACCAGCGUUCUUGUCGCCUGUUAGCCUCCUCCCCGCGUUCCCCUCGCCUGGCCCGCUGCUCGUCCCGCCGCCCCUCCUCGACGCUUCCAACCCCACCAGAGACAUGACCGCGCGACUCUCCGCGUCUCACGGCCUUGCCAGCCCGCGCGGCGCCUGGACUUCCGCCGCCAAACCCGCCGCCAUGCGCGGGUCGCCGCCUUCCCCUGCCGCCGGCACGGCAACCAGCGCGCUGGCCGCCGCGCAGACGGCAGCGUCGGCAUCGAUCGCGGCGGCGGGCGCAGCAGCGGGAGGAGGGGCAGGAAUGGGAGUAGGAAUGGGGGCAGGAAUGGGAACAGGAGGGGCACCGUGGAUGUCGUUUAUGGGGCCGUCCCUAGCAAUGGGUCCCGUGCCGCAAGGGUUUCUGAUGCGACCGGGUGCGGCGCAAGGGCACGAGGCAGGAAGGAUCCCCGUCAUGAGCGAGAAGAAGCAGAAACGGAUCGUGUCCAACCCGGCGUCAGCCAAGCGGUCGCGGCAGACUUACAAGUCAACUCGGAAGUCACCUCCUCCCCUUCCCUCCCCCCCUCCCUCCCCCCUCUCCCCCAGGAUUGUGUCCAACCGGGCGUCAGCCAAGCGGUCGCGGCAGCGGCGGCAGCAGCGGCUGGAGGAGCUAGAGGUGAUGGCAGCGCACCUGCAGGUGGACGGGGCGGACGCACGGAAGGGCCUGGCGGACGCCAGUGCCAGGCUGGCGGCGCUGCAGCACGAGCACACGGACCUGCUGCAGCAGGUGGCGGAGCUGCAGAGGCUGCUGCAGCUGGCCAAGCAACGGUGA